ACAGAACAUUCUCUAAAUCAAACAAAAAAAUGUAAUCUUGUCGAAAAAUCUCACAAGAAAUGAAAAGGGAUGCCCUUUUCCCCACACGCUCUCUGCUGCAGCCUUUGAUUUUCCCCUCUUUCGAAACACAAGCUCACACACACAACACAGAGUAAGUGUGAAUUUGAAGAAAUGUAUCUGUAUCACAUGGAAAGCGAAAUGAGUGUUUCUUGCACCUUCAGCAAAAUGUAGCUGGCCUCUUGUUUCUGAUUCCACUUUCUUCAAUCUUAAGGAUGUUUCGUGAUUGACGUGGAAAGAUGGCUCUUUUCCGGAAAUUUUUCUACCGGAAGCCGCCAGAAGGCCUCUUGGAGAUCUCUGAAAGGGUUUAUGUGUUUGAUUGCUGCUUCACUACGAAUGUUUUGGGUGGGGACGAGUAUGAGGUGUAUAUAGGGCGUAUCGCGGAUCAGCUACGCGAAUACUUUCCCGAUUCUUCGUUCAUAGUGUUUAGUUUUGGGGAUGGGGAUUACCAGAUAGAGAUUAGUAGUGUUCUAGCUAAGCAUGGCAUAACAGUGGUUGAUUACCCCAGCCAGAAUGCGAGCUGCCCGGUGCUCACGGUUGAGAUGAUCCACCACUUCCUUAGGUCGAGCGAGAGCUGGCUCUGCAUCGGGCAGAGGAACGUGCUCUUGAUGCAUUGCCAGAGUGGCGCCUACCCUGUGCUCGCCUUCAUGCUAUCAGCGUUCUUGAUAUAUAGGAAACAGUACACCGUGGAGAAGAAGACGUUGGAUAUGGUAUACAAGCAAGCCCCUCACGAGGCUUUGCACACGAUCUUGCCUAUCGACCCGUUGCCUUCACAGUUGAGGUAUCUGCAGUAUGUGUCCAGGAGGAACAUAGAAACCCGUUGGCCCCCCUUGGACAGGGCUCUCACGUUGGACUGUGUCAUUCUUCGAGCCAUUCCCAAUAUGGACGGAAAGGGCGGUUGCCAUCCUAUUUUUAGGUUAUAUGGACCGGAUCCGUUGAUGGCUGCUGAUCCUAACACCAAGAUGCUUUUCUCUAUGCCAAGAAGAUGCCAAGAUGUGUGUUAUUUUAGACAGGCAGACCAUGAAAUUGUUAAAAUUGAUCUCAACUGCCAUAUACAAGGGGACGUUGUGCUCGAGUGCAUAACUCUGGAUGAUACCCUGGAACAUGAAGAGAUAAUGUUCCGUGUGAUGUUUAAUACAGCGUUUAUCAGAUCAAACGUACUGAUGCUUACAUGUGACGAACUUGACACAGUGUGGGACGCUAAGGAUCACUUUCCCAAGGAUUUCAGAGCCGAGGUUAUUUUCUCGGACAUGGACUCCACUUCUUCAAUGGAGAUGCUUGAUUCACCGACCAACGAAGAGAUAGAAGGUCUUCCCAUUGAGGCAUUUUCUCAAGUUCAUGACAUAUUCAACGACCUCGACUGGGGGGAGAUAGACAAUGCUCUUAACAUUAUCCAACAAAUGACUGUCUCUAGUAUCCUUGAAGAGAAAGUCGAUUUUACCGGUUUUCCAAUUGGCAGAAAAGGAAGCUGGCAGAAUCUUGGCCAGAGUGAGAAAGAUGAACAUGUAGAAGAUUUGAAGGUUACCUCAUCUGGUGAUUUUCAUGCAAUUGCUGAAAAUGAGACAAGUUCUCCACCAGCCGGGCUGAGUGAAGUGCUUUCUACAGCUUCUUCAAAGUCGUCCUUCGAUUUGGAAAAUUAUACCAAGAACAGUGGACUUCAUGUUUCUGUUCAGAGACCUGCUCAGUCCAAAAUAUUAUCACCCCAAUUUUCUCAAACAUCGCCAUCUACUCAACCUGCGUAUGCUAGUUUAGCACAAGGUUUUCCUGGAGCCCUCACAAGGUACCGUAGCGCACCACCCUCAGCAGUCGGGAUUACAGCUCUGCUAGAAGACCAUGCUGGCAUGGAAUCUUCUAUAUCAGCAGCCACUCCGAGUUUAGUGAAAUCGGGAUCAGGAACUGCGGCUCCUCCUCCUCCACCACCACCAUUGCAGUCUAGUCCUCCCGUAUCUCCUUCCCCACCGCCGCCUCCCCCUCCGCCUCCUACUGCAGUAACAGCCGAGCCUCCACAGUUGCCAUCAGUACCUUCCCCUCCCCCUCCACCCCCACCCUCGUCUCCUAAAACAAUCCCUCCUCCUCCAAUGGGGGCGACCCCACCUCCACCACCUCCACCUCAAAAACAGAAGGAAGUGCCGGCUACGAGCCAUAAAGGUGUUCCAGCUCCACCAGCUCCAUCGAAACUUGGAGCUUCUCCAUCGCUGCUUUCAUCUUCCACUGCUGUAAUUGGUGGAAAGAAGUUUGCAAGGGGUGGUGCAAAAGCCCUGGCUAAAAGGUCAUCCCUCAAACCAUAUCACUGGUUGAAGCUAACAAGGGCUAUGCAUGGCAGCCUAUGGGCUGAGACACAAAAGCCCGAGGAGGCUUCACAAGCUCCCGAGUUAGACCUGUGUGAACUCGAGAGUCUUUUCUCAGCUGCUAUUCCAAAUUCAGAUGGUCGGAAAGUAAACAUGCGUGGCUCAACUGUCAAAUCUGAUAAAGUCCAUCUGAUUGAGCUCCGUAGAGCGUACAACUGUGAAAUCAUGCUGACAAAAGUUAAAAUUCCUGUGUCUGAUUUGAUGAAUUCAGUCCUUGCAUUAGAUGACUCAGCACUGGAUGCUGAUCAAGUCGAAAAUCUCAUAAAAUUUUGUCCAACCAAGGAAGAAAUAGAACUCCUCAAGAAUUACAAAGGUGACAUGGAGAAUCUUGGCAAGUGCGAGCAGUUUUUCAUGGAGUUGAUGAAAGUCCCACGGGUUGAAGCCAAGCUAAGAGUUUUCUCGUUUAAAAUUCAGUUUUCGUCCCAGAUAUCAGAUUUGAGACAGAGCUUAAACAUUGUGAAUUCUAUAUCUAAAGAGGUCAAGAAUUCUGUGAAACUUAAAAGGAUCAUGCAAACUAUUCUUUCAUUGGGUAAUGCAUUAAAUCAGGGAACUGCACGAGGUUCUGCAGUUGGAUUCCGCUUGGAUAGCCUUCCAAAACUCGCUGAAACUAGAGCUCGAAACAACAAGCUGACACUUAUUCAUUAUCUCUGCAAGGUGAUUGCCGAAAAGUUGCCAGAAGUGUUAGAUUUUCAUAAAGACCUAGUAGAUUUAGAGGCUGCAACGAAGAUUCAACUCAAGUACUUAGCAGAGGAAAUGCAAGCCAUUACCAAAGGGCAUGAAAAAGUCGUACAGGAGCUUACUGCUUCUCAAAACGAUGGAGCUGUAUCAGAGAUCUUCUGCACGAUUUUGAAUAACUUUUUGGGCACUGUUGAAGCUGAAGUAAGAUCUCUAGCUGCACUUUAUUCCGGAGUGGGAAGGAAUGCGGAUUCGUUGGCUCAAUAUUUUGGAGAAGAUCCGGCACGUUGCCCAUUCGAGCAAGUUGUGUCAACUUUGCUCAACUUUGUGAGGAUGUUUCAAAAGGCUCACGAGGAGAACUGCAAGCAACUGGAGAUCGAGAAGAAGCAGAAGGCGCAGGAGGAAGCGGAGAAUCAGAUGCCUAAAGCUAAUGCUUCAAGCAAGGAACUGGGAAAUGAGAAUGGUGUUGCAACUCCACCAAAACUUAUAUGAAGAAAAAACCAGUCAUUGUUCAAGCUUAGAUGAAAUUUUUUUAUGAUAGCUAAGUGUGUGUGUGUUACCCCUACCUGACUACAAAAGAAAAUUGAUGAGACUCGAGAGCUCGGCCGAUCAACGGGACCCGGGAGAUGGAGUGAAGUGAUCUUGACCUAUUAGAUUCUAUGUAAAUAUCAAGAAUCCAUUUUUAUUUAGUCCAGUUCUGAUGCAGAGAGGCUGAGAACUCUGGGAUAUGGAAUUUUUUUGUGUUGCUGAUUUUUAAUGGUCUGAAAUUUGAUUGAGACUGUGUAUGUAACUAUUCUAAUGUAAUUUGCAUAUUCUUCAACACUGUCCAACAAAUUAUUUGUGAAAAUUAUUACAGUAUGAGGAUGGAAUUUUUAUUA